UAAAUGAAAAUUUUUAUUUGUAUUGAUUAAUAAAUCGAAAAUUUUGUUUAGUUUCAUGAAAAGUUCUUAUGCAAAUUAAAAAAAAUUACAUCUUGAUUUCAUAAUUUAUGUAGAAGAAUGAAGAAAAGUUCAAUAUCAUGGGUCUAAGUUUAAUAAAUGUGAUUUCAAGAUCAAGCACGAGAUUAAUCAAACCAAAAUUUUUACAUCUCAAAUACUCACCUACUAAUAUUAUUUGGUCUAACAGACUAUCAAAUAUUUUUGAACCAAAUACAUCAAAAAUCUUAUUUAAAAAGCAUUAUUUAAAAAAAGAAAACAUCUAUUUUAACAAAAAAGUAUUACAAAGGUAUAUUCAUGGAAAUAAAAAUGAAAAAGAUGGGAAAAAACCUAUGGAUCCUACAAAUCCAAUGAUGAUGAAAAUAAUGAUGGGUUUUCUUACAGGAUACAUAAUGUUAUAUUUUGCCAGCCUUUUAUUACCAAACUCUUCAAAUCCAGAGGAUAUGCGGUAUAUAUCGUGGAAUGAAUUCGUUCACUUAAUGUUAUCAAAAGGUGAAGUAGAGGAAAUAAUUGCCCAUCCCGAUUUAGAUAUUGUUACAAUUAGGUUAUAUGAUGGAGCUAUUAUCAAAGGAAGAAAGACUGAUCAAAGAACAUAUCAUAUGAAUAUAGCCGAUUUAGAACGGUUUGAACUAAAGUUAAGAGAAGCUGAAAAUAAAUUAGGUAUUAAAGCAGGACAUGGUGUACCUGUAAUUUAUGAUCGAUCAUUAAAUGCUCCAGAAAUAUUUUUAUUCAUAGUUUUAACUACUCUGCUCGCAAUAGCAUAUUUUAGUAGAUCUAAAGGAGCAAAAUCUCCAAUAAAUUUUGAUAUGUUUAGCCAAAUAAAAAGAGCAAAAUAUACUUUAGUUGAUCCAUUGAUAGGUCAAGGAAAAGGAGUUCGGUUUAAAGAUGUUGCUGGUCUCAAAGAAGCAAAACAAGAAGUUAUGGAGUUUGUAGAUUACUUAAAACGACCAGAACACUACAAAAAUUUAGGUGCUAAAGUACCAAAAGGAGCUCUAUUAUUAGGACCUCCUGGUUGUGGUAAAACAAUGCUAGCCAAAGCUGUAGCAACUGAGUCGAAUGUUCCAUUUCUUUCUAUGAAUGGUUCUGAAUUCAUUGAAAUGAUUGGAGGUCUGGGAGCUGCUAGAGUCCGUGACUUGUUUAAAGAAGGUAGAAAAAGAUCUCCUUGCAUAAUCUAUAUUGAUGAAAUUGAUGCUAUUGGUCGUAAAAGAUCUACCAGAGGACCUUCUGGUGGAGGAGAUGAAGGUGAACAAACUUUAAAUCAACUUCUAGUAGAAAUGGAUGGUAUUGGGUCAAAAGAAGGUGUUUUAAUGUUGGCUUCAACAAAUAGAGCCGAUAUACUUGAUAAGGCUCUUCUAAGACCAGGCCGUUUUGAUCGACAUAUUCUCAUAGAUCUUCCUACAUUAGAAGAACGUAAAGAAAUAUUUGAGCAACACCUUAAAAUUAAAUUGGAUAAGAAUCCGAGUUUAUAUUCACAGAAAAUGGCUCAUUUGACCCCUGGUUUUAGCGGAGCUGACAUAGCUAACGUUUGUAAUGAAGCAGCACUUCAUGCAGCUAGGAAUAAACAAAAAUUUGUUGUAGAAGCCAAUUUAGAUUAUGCUGUAGAAAGGGUUGUUGGAGGAGCUGAAAAAAGAUCUCAUGCUAUUUCUCCUAAUGAGAAAGAAAUAGUUGCUUACCAUGAAGCAGGCCAUGCACUUGUUGGUUGGAUGUUACCAACAACUGAUGCUCUAUUAAAAGUUACUAUUGUACCAAGAACUAACGCUGCCUUAGGAUUUGCACAAUAUACUCCUACUGAGCGUUAUUUAUUAUCAAAACAAGCAUUAUUUGAAAAAAUGUGUUUGGGACUUGGUGGUAGAGUUGCUGAAUCUAUAGUGUUUAAUAGUAUAACAACUGGUGCACAAAAUGAUUUGGAAAAAGUUACAAAAAUUGCAAAUGCUCAAAUUCGUCAAUAUGGUAUGAAUAAUAUGGUUGGAUUGUUAUCAUUUCCAGAAAUGUCUAAGGAUAGUCCUAGACCAUAUAGCAAUAAAUUAGCAGCACUCAUGGAUACAGAAGUUUCCCAUUUAAUAGCAGAUGCUUAUUUUAAAACGGAAAAUUUACUUAAAAAAAAUUAUGAUAAACUGGAAUUGAUUGCUAAAGAAUUGUUAUUAAAAGAAUCAAUUAAUUAUGAAGAUAUGGUAAAAUUGAUUGGUCCUCCACCAAAUGGUGAAAAACGUAUUGUUGAAUCAUACGAGUUUAAUGCUUCUGCUAAUAUGAAUAAUGGAGAGCCAUCUAACUAAUUUAGCAUAAAUAAAUGUUUAGUUACCAACAAAAUUUUGUUAUUUAUUUAUUUUGACCUAAUAAAAUUCUAAGCAAUUUUACAAUUUAAA